AUGGAAUUAGACAUGAACUACACAACUCAAAAAGAUUUUCAUCUCCUGGGAUUUUCCAGCUCUGAGAAAGAUCCGUCUUUUCUUUUUCUUUUGGUUUUAUUGAUCUACCUAUUGGCUGUUCUUGGGAAUAUGAACAUUACGGUGCUUGUGUGUUUGACUCCCCAGUUGCACACCCCCAUGUACUUCUUUCUGUGCAACCUGGCAGCCCAGGACAUUAUCUCUGUCUCCGCCACCCUGCCCAAGCUGAUGGCCAUCACAAUUACAGGGGACACCAGCAUUUCUUUUCUUGGCUGUUUAAUACAGAUGUUCCUAUUUGCAUUCUGCACUGAUACAGAUUUUUUCUUAUUGGCUACGAUGGCUUAUGAUCGCUAUGUGGCUAUUUGUGUUCCUCUGCGUUACUACCUCAUCAUGAAUGCAAAAUUGUGUAUAGUGCUGGUAGUAACUUCAUGGAUUUUGUAUGUGUCUAAUGCCUUGUGUUUCUCUUUGCUGCUAUCUAAUUUAUCAUUCUGUAAGUCGCAUGAUCUCAACCAUUUCUUUUGCGAUAUUAAAAUCCUAAUGGAGAUCUCAUGCAGUGACACCUCACAUAUAAAACAAUUGCUGUUGCUGGAAAUACCGUUUGUAGGGAUUCUUCCCCUUUUGCUGAUCCUUACUUCCUAUGUGUGCAUUAUAGGUACAAUUAUAAAGAUGGGAACCUCAGCCGCUAGGCUCAAGACUUUCUCAAACUGUUCCUCACACCUGACAGUUGUACUGCUCUUCUGUGGCACCUCUAUUGGGAUUUACAUGAAGCCAAAGUCAAAGGAUUCUUUAGAACAAGAAAAGCUGCUCUCUCUGUUUUAUGUUGGCAUUGUCCCUAUGCUAAACCCAAUAGUGUACAGCUUGAGAAAUAGACAGGUUUGCUCUGCUGCAAAGAGACUACUUGAAAAAUAUAGGCUGUGGAGACUUAUUCCCUCCCUUCAUUAA